AUGCUGGUGAUUACGUCAUCGCAGGUGGCGAAGGCGCUGGGCGAGCUCUUCCUGGCGGCCUAUCGAAGCAGCUCGCCACCAGCACGGGAGCCUGUCCUGCAGUACAUGCACUGCGUCCAGCCCGAUGCCAAAAGUGCACGCCAGGACGAGAGUGAAAUGAUGCAGGUGCUGUCGUUCAACGUGCUCUUCGACACGUACAGGGCGAGGGCGGAAGCCGGAGACAAGCGGCUCGUGGGCCUCGAGACGCUGACGCUGCCCCAGCUGUUGUUCAUGGCAGCCUGCUACGCGAACUGUCCCGGCGGCGGCCUGCCGUCACCGGCGUUCUACAUAGCCGGUGUACCCGAUCUGUGGCCGGGGGGCGAGCCCCACUGCGACGCCUUGUUGCGGCGGACGAGCCACUUCGCGCGCACUUUCGGCUGCGCUCCCGGCACGCACAUGAACACCGGCGCCGACGGCUGCAGCCUAUUUCCCUGAGAUGCCGCACCCCGCUCUGGACGCCCACGGGUUGCAAGUUUGGGGUCAGUCGAAGAAGGGGCGCAUCGAUGU